CUUGUAUUGUCUCAAACCGGAUGUAAUGAUGUUUUAGUGUAUUCUAUUUCCUUUGCUCUUCUUCUCCUUGUACAACCUACUUACAAACGAAAUACUCAACCUUCAAAAACUUAAGCAAACUUAAGCAAACGAACCAAGUCGUUGUUGCCAAUCUCCACACGCCUUGAUCGCUGAGACGAGACGUUCAUCCUCUCAUCCCACGACAUAAAACCAUCCUCUCAUCACACGCCUUGUUUCUUUUUGAAAGAAGGAUAGGCAAAUAUGGCAGAUGAAGUCGACCGAAGACUCGAUGCGGCUGUCAAUGAGGCUUUUGAUGAAUAUUUUGAAGACACAUACAACAGCAUCAUGGAGAAUCGAACAAAUAAAAAGAAGAAACGUGCAUAUGUCGAACAAAACCGCGAAGCGGGCCACAACCGUCUAUGGAAUGACUAUUUUAGUGAAAAUCCGUCAUUUCCAGAAAAUUUAUUCAGACGUCGUUUUCGCAUGAACAAGCAAGUAUUCAUGCGUAUUAUCGACACCCUCUCAGCAAAUGUUCCAUUCUUUCAGCAAAGGAGAGAUGCAGUCGGACGGUUGGGUCUAUCUACACUACAAAAGUGUACGGCGGUUAUUCGUAUGCUUGCUUAUGGCUGUGCGGCUGACGCCGUCGACGAGUAUCUCCGACUCGGUGAAAGCACCGCACUUUCAUGUUUAACCCAUUUCACAGAUGCUGUAAUUCUAUUAUUUGGAGAAGAAUAUCUACGGAGACCCAAUCCUGAGGAUCUUCAACGUUUACUCAAUAUUGGAGAGAUCCGCGGCUUUCCGGGGAUGAUUGGAAGCAUCGACUGUAUGCAUUGGGAGUGGAAAAAUUGCCCAACCGCUUGGAAAGGACAAUACACACGUGGAUCAGGAAAGCCGACACUUGUUUUGGAGGCUGUGGCGUCACAAGAUCUUUGGAUAUGGCACGCUUAUUUCGGUUCUCCAGGUACCUUAAAUGAUAUUAACGUCCUUGAUCGAUCACCUGUAUUUGAUGACAUUUAUCAAGGUCGAGCUCCAAGGGUAACGUACAUAGUCAACGGACACCAGUAUGAUUUGGCGUACUACCUCACGGACGGUAUAUAUCCAAAAUGGUCAACAUUUAUCCAAUCUAUCACACUCCCUCAAGGUCCUAAAGCAGAGUUAUUUGCUAAAGUUCAAGAAGCUACCCGAAAAAAUGUGGAGCGUGCUUUUGGUGUAUUGCAAGCUCGAUUUGCGAUAGUGAAAAACCCGGCGCUGUCAUUGGACAAGGAAAAAAUAGGGAAGAUUAUGAGAGCAUAUAUCAUACUGCAUAAUAUGAUUGUCGAAAAUGAACGGGGUGGAUACACUCUGUACGAUACAUCUGAAUUUGAAGAAGGAGACUCGAGCAGAAGUUCACAUGUUGAGCAUAUUAACAACAUGCCUACCCAUUUCGGUAAUAUGCUUGGUCUACGGAAUCAUGUUCGAGAUAGGCGUACACACAAAGCAUUGAAAAAUGAUUUAAUCGAAAAUAUUUGGAACAAGUUUGGUGAUGAUGAAGAUGUAUAAUUAUCGUAUGUUUGCUUUUAAUCAUUGAAUAAAAAAAAUUUUAAAUUAAUUUUUUUUUAAAUUUAAUAAUUUUAAAUUCUUAAAGACUUCAUUUUGAGUAACACCAUUGGGCAUACAUUUUAGACUCAAAUCCUUAACUAUUCAAAAAACAAAAAAAAAAUACUAUUAUAAUCCUAAGGACUCCAAUGGUGGGUAACACCAUUGGAGUUGCUCUUAUAUGCUUAUGAGACGGGAAACAUAAUGGAUAGAUUCUCGAACUAGAAAUCCUUCUUGCGGAUUCGAAGUAAGGGAAUACACAGACCUAGAAGAUGAUCGUAAGGAUAGAAAGAUCACCUCGAAGAAUUGUGGUUUCUUCGGAAGCGCUUCCACAAUGAACAUGUGUUCCAAGUGUCAAAACCGAAGGAAGGACCAACCCGAUGUGCUACUUGCAAGAAA